UUUCGUGGUUCUGUCAAGAAGAUGCUCAACGUCGUGCCAUGAAAAAUAUAUCUUCAUCCGUCAUUCAUUCUUCACUCAUAUCAUAGAUCAUGCAUUACAACUUUAUCUGUUGACUCAUCCAUUUGGCAUGUAUAGUGCAACCUUAGCAACUUGACCUCUUGUCUUUACCUGUUGGGCAAUGCUUAAUAUCCUGUCUUUUACUACUCAUACAGUGAAAACCAUAGAUAGGCAAAGCAUAUCAAGUACUGAAAAAGCCAUAAAGGAAACAGUCACCUCUCAGACCAUAUCAGAGGCUCGUGUUGAAUCUCCAGUGAUCUCAAAGCAAACUGAAACUUAUUCAGAGGAAUUCAGAUCUGUCGAGGAGCCCUCCUAUGAAUACAGUUGUCAAGUCUUUGAAAGUGUUUCUGAAAGGUCCACUGUGAAGAAGACCACAACUGUGAAAAGGAUGGAGGCCCAACAAGAAGAUACUUUUGUGAAACACUCAGAGACCAUUGCCCCCAGGGGUCCUACAGUGCUCCAAAAACUUUGUGAUCUUAGAGUGAAUACAGGCGCGGUGGCCCAGUUCAUCUGCUCUUUUGAUGGUCAACCUUAUGCUGAGGUAGUUUGGGAUCAUAAUGGCAAGACACUGCCAGAAUCUGAGAGAAUGAAAUGCUCUCAAAGUGGAGGUGUUCUGUCUAUUUCCAUCCUCAAUGUCCAGUUGGGUGACCAGGGUUGGUAUAGAUGUGCAGUAAAAAAUACAUUUGGGGAAGCUAGAACGUCUGCACAGCUUACAGUGGAAGGUGUUUAUGAGUUUUUUGUUACCACGAUGGAUUAUUUCAUAUCAUCCUCUUUUAUUGCGUCAUGUGUUCAGCUUUUAAUUCUUAGCUCAGGUUUAACUUAACAAUAACUUAUAUCACUAGUUAUUUUAAUAUUUAACAUUUUAAUAUAAACUUAGAGCUUUAAACAUCAGCUUUAACAGCAUUUUCAUACAUCCACUAACACUCUAAUAUAUCAUAAUAUUGACAGCCAAAAUAGCAAUUAAAACAUAAUUGCUGAAGCUUUUAAUCUAUAAUUUUCCUAACUUUAUUCUUACCCAGCUAAAGAAGCAAAACCCAAAGCAGAAACCAA